ACUUAUGAUGCUCCCAAUGCUCAGCCACUCAAUCAGGCAGAAGGCAACAUCAUUUGAUCAGGCAUCCAUUGCCACUGGACCGAUUGAAAGAAGAGAGAAAAAAGAAAGAGGCCUCUUGGUACAAGUAUCCCAUUCGGCCCCCCUCCCAACGCGAUAAUAAAUUGCGUUCCUUAGCAUCCUCACACUCGCUACGAUUAAAUAGCAGAAGACAGACUGAGGUCACCGAAACGAUCAAUCCAUCAGUCAAUCAUGUCCUCUCCUUCUGGGCAGGCCAACGGCGGCCAGCUCUCCUCACGGCAAUCGCGUAUCGUCGGGGCCCUCCUCGGCCUCCACGCCGGAGAUUGCCUGGGCGCGACAGUGGAGUUCCUGCCGCGGGUGAUGAUCGCCCGAUCAUACCCACAGGGUGUGCGCGACAUCAUCGGCGGGGGCCAUUUUGACUGGUCUCCAGGCCACGCCACGGACGAUACGGACAUGACGCGCGGCGUCCUCCUCGCCUACAAGACAUUACACGAUGCACGGACAGAGGGCACACGCGACAGCAAUUCCACCAUGACGAAUGGCGAGGGCGCCGACCUGGACGUCGCACGGCUCGCGGGGGAGAACUUCCUGCGCUGGGUGGACGGGGAAUGGCCCGACCGGACGCCGGGAUGGCUUCCCAAGGACAUGGGCGGCGCAACGGCGCGUGGACUGGAACGAUACCGGGUCUCGAGGGAUCCCGAACGCGCCGGGGCCGGUCAGGGCAGUGCGGGCAACGGUAGUCUUAUGCGCUGUCUGCCCACGGCUCUGUUCCAGCCCGACCGUCACAAGAUGAUCGCCGAAAGCAUCCGAAUCAGCAAGAUCACCCACGACGACUUCAGAUGUACCACGGCCUGCGCUGUGUACAACUCAAUUGCUGCGGCGCUUAUCGACGGAGUGUCGGUCGAAAAUGCCGUGGAUCAUGGAGAAGCGGUCGCCAUUCGCCUGGAGAGGAGAAUGGAUGGUCCAGUCAUGCAGGCUGUGAGGAGGGGCCGCCAGGUUGAUGUCGCCGACAUGGCCGCCAACGGUGCACCGAUCGACAUGGAGGGUGAGUGCAGCGGUUACGUCCUCGAGACGUUGACGGUGGCGGUGGCGGCUGUGCGAGAUGCCAGGAGUCUCGAGGAUGUCUUGGUAGACGUGGUACGCAUCGGCAGGGACACGGACACGAAUGCCGCGGUGGCGGGGGGGUUGUUGGGAGCCAGGGAUGGGGAAGAUGCCAUUCCCACGCGCUGGAAGGAGAAGUUGCAGUUUGGGAAAGAGUUUCGAGAGGUGGCGCUGGCGAUGGCGACGGCAUGAUUACGUGAUUGUCUAAGGUACUUGGUACUCGGUCUCGGUACUUGAUAAAGCCCGAUGUUUCGACGAAGGCUAUGACGUCGACAAGGCUUUGUCAUCCGUCUACGAGUAGGUCUACGAAUAGGUACCGACGUAAAAGACACCAAAAUAUUUAAGACAAUAUGAUAGUUAGUAUCUAUAAAACAAGAUAUUAAUUUGAUGGAUUGGCAAAGUGGUUGCCUGGGGAAAAUCGUUCAUUUCUUUUAUUAAUUAAUAAAAAUAAAAAUACAAGAAGAAGAAAAAACUGCCAGCCCGGAUAUCCACGGCAUUCAUAGACU